AAAUGUUUAUUAGUAAAUAAGGAAUAACAUGCAAAACAUAGAUUAACAAUAGUGAGAAAAAUGGUAAAAUGUGUCACAGUAUUAAUAAUUAACAAUAUCCACUUUGUAAAAAGCUAUUUCUAUUGGGAAGAGAUUGAAGUUCUAAAUAUAAAACACAGGAGGAGAAGUAAUAAAUAAUAAACCCAGUGGAAUGCUGGGUAAUAUAAUAAAGUUUAUUGAUAAAAUAAAAUGUCUGCCCCCAGGCUCCUGGUUUGGAGACACAUUAUGUUUCAGGCUAUAAAUGGGAUUUUCCUGCUACUGACAGAGAGCAUUGCCCUCCAUACAUGAUAUGAGCUGUAACCAGCUUUAUUGACAGUUACACUCCAUCUCCCAGCAACACGCUGCUUCCGUUUCCGGUCUAGAACACAAUUAACAAACGGAAACUACAACUCCCGACAGGCUUUGCACCUCCGUGUGACGUAAACAGGAAGCUGUCGGCUGGUGGUGAUUCUUUUGGAACGCAAACUCGGUCCACGCUAGUUUUCACUUCCGGUCUGGUUCCAGGGCCAGAACCCAUUGUCAGAACAUUGUAGUUACCCUGUGCUGAAGAACAUGGACUGGACUCAGAUUGAUGAGAAGAUCUUGGAUCUCACCCUGGAGAUCAUCUCUUUGCUUACUGGAGAGGUAAUUGCAAAACAGUUUCGUGAGUGUGUUGAUCACAACCGCCCUCACCAUGUAACAGAAGGAUCCUAUAAAACAGAGCGCCUCAGUGCAGUUACUCAACGUUCCUCACUGAUACAUGAGAGAGAGAAUGACAAGAAGAUCCUGGAACUGACCAAGAAGAUCAUCCAGCUGCUGACUGGAGAGGUUCCUAUAAGGUGUGAGGAUGUCACUGUCCAUUUCUCCAUGGAGGAGUGGGAGUAUCUAGAAGGACACAAGGAUCUAUACAAGGACGUAAUGAAGGAGAAUCACCAGAUCCUCAGUUCACCGGGUAAACCUUUAUCAGGUGAAGAUCAUACUCCAGAUUGUGUGCCUGAGUUUGGAAACAAUGAGGAAAGUGUAGCUAAACCUAAAGAUGGACCACACUAUCUGCGAACUAGUAAAGUAAGAAAAAGACUGAAAAAUAAUACACCGUACAUGUGGGAAGAGUCUCCACCGUGUAUAGAGGAAAAUCACAGAGACAUGGACAUUUACAAAGAGACAGAAUAUCCAUCUACUGAUAUUAAGAAGGAAUCGGCAUUACAUGAAGAAGGAAAUCUCACAGGGUUUGACAUCCAUGCAUGCACAGAUAAUACACAGACAGAAUAUUCAUCUAUUGUUAUUAAGGAGGAAUCAGCCUCGGAUGAAGAAGGGAAUCGCCCAGGAGUCGACAUUUAUAAAUCCAGUCACAAUUCUACUCUUGCAGAUAAUGAAUUUAAUAGAACUUGUUCAAACAUACAUUCUAUCAAGCCUUGUAUUGAAUUAAAUACACCACAUCAUAUUGAUGGUAAUGCUACUCAGAGCAAAGACAACAUAGAGGAAAUAUUCCCGAUUUCUGAUUGUCCACAAGGCUUCAGUAGUGACACGCAGGAUGUUAAGCAUCAGCCAACUCAUACAGCCAUUUUAGGCACUCGGACACCGAGCCUGCAAGAAAUGGUCAUGUCCUCCUCCAGCUCCUCAAGUGAUCCAGCCAUGGAUAUAGUGGAGGGGGGCAUUGGCCACUCUGGCCAGGAGGAAGGAGAAGCAAGUGGGAGAAGCAAGAAGAGACAGAGGCAGCCCAGGAUCUUAAAGGCUGCAAAUCCUGGGAGGAAGAAAAAGUACGCUGAUAACUUUGGUGCAGAGGAGAAUUCAGUACUGGUAACCAAGUUUUGCAAGUACUACCAAUGUAUUUUUGGGGGAGCAGCCAAAAAGACUUCCAGAGCCAAGAAGAACAAAAUGUGGAGGAAGAUUGUGACAGCGGUGAAUGCUGUUGGAGGGAACAAUCGCACUGAGUACGUGGUGAAGAAACGUUACUACGACAUCAGGCGGAUGGUGAAGAGGAAGGUGAAGAAGGCAGCAGCCGCCUCCAGGAAGACAGGAGGCUGUUUACAAGAACAAGAACCGGACCUGCUGCCCUAUGAAGAGGUGCUCCUGCAGUUCCUGGGAAGAGACAACCUCCUUGGGAUUGAGGGGACAUCUGGCGCUGAAACAUCUGAAGUGCAAGCCCCUCAAUCCCCAGAAGAGGCACCAGGAAUUGCAGGAGAUGCUGUCUCCACGGAGAGCAGGGCAGCAAGUUCACCUCCUGUCUCCCUGGAAAUGCGCCUGGCUUCACUUUCCUCUCGACAUCCGCAACUUGUCGACUAUCCUUCACCACGUAUGAGUGUGGUUUCCCUCCAACAGCCGGCCACUGGUGUCCAGGAACAGGGAUCCACUGCUGAGCGUCCUGAUGGUACUCUCCCCCUGCAAGAGGAGGAUACCAUUACCCUAACUGCAGUGGAUCCUGAUUCAGUGACAUCAGUGGCCGAAGAAAUGCCGUUGCCACAACUUCCUCCACAGUUGGCUGCGCUGUGUGCGACGAUCCAGGCUCGUCAAGCUGAACUGGAAACGUCCAUACAGCAGGAUAGGGAGAAUCACCGAGAGCUUUUGCAGAAUGUAAUAACCGAGGUACGCUCCAUGUCUAACGUUUUGAAUGAGGGCGUUAGGCAAUUUACAACAGUAAUGGUUUCCUUGGAUCGAAAAAUGCAGCGCUUUAUGGAAACGAGGGAGGAAGAGUGCAUUCUAAUGCGCGCCCAAGCUGCCCAUAAUUUGGGCAUAACCAUUGCUGAUGUAGAUAAACUAAUUCGUGAACAACGUGCGCAGGGUCUUCCCAGAAGGGAUGAUGAUGAUGAAUAGAUAUCUGCGGGAAGAAUGCACUCAGAUGUUUAUUUCUCAUUAUCAUCCACAAUGUGAACACAACUGGCGCUGUUCAUCAUAGGUUGUUACAUUCUCAAUUUCUUCCUGGUUUUCCCUAUCCUUCCCCUGAAUAUACAUUGGUUCAUUCUCCUCUGCACUAUAUCCUCCCAGGAUUGCUCCUAACAACCUGGGCUGCCUCUGCUUUUUUGUGUC